CGGUUUAAAACACAAACCAAUUACUUAAUCAGAGAAACUUCUAGAGACUGCACAGAAAAGGCAAUGGCUUCGGCUCUAUCCAAGUGGCUGCUCGACCCCAAACGGAACCCGCUCGCCGCCAUGCACAUGAAAGCCCUCUCCACUCGCCUCCGGAGAUACGGCCUUCGGUAUGACGAUCUAUUCGACCCGAUGUACGAUCUGGAUGUGAAGGAGGCGCUCAAUCGUCUCCCUAGAGAAAUCGUCGAUGCCAGGAACCAGCGCCUGAAGCGCGCUAUGGACCUGUCUAUGAAGCACGAGUACCUUCCCCAAGAUCUACAGGCUAUGCAGACACCAUUUCGGAGCUAUCUGCAAGAGAUGCUAGCUUUGGUCAAGAGAGAGCAAGCUGAACGUGAAGCACUUGGAGCUUUGCCCCUUUAUCAGCGCACCAUUCCCUGAGAGGACAUUUCUUGCUGCUGGGCGCCCUUGAACUGAAUUACGUAUAAUUAAUGUGAUCCCGGUCGACCUGUAAUGUGUGUAUAUUAAUGAUUAGAAAAUCGUAUUCUUUCUUUCUUCUUUUUUCAGCUACUGGUUAUCGACAAAUAAUGUUGUGCAACUUUAUAUUAACUGCACCGAUGUAAAUACUGAUGGUUGUGCCUCUCAAUACUAGUAGUUAUAUGAGUUUAUAUGUCA